AUGAAGCAAUCUUCAUAUAGCAUGAGUUCUGAUGAAAAGCCUCACUUAGCCCCUAUCUCCAAUCUAAUACAUCAUUCGAAUGAGAGCGAUAAAAGUGAUAGAUAUCAGGAUAUGGACUUCAAGAUGGAUAUAGAUGACCAUAAUGAUUAUAACGACUUGAGAAAAUCAAUAAUUGGAAACAGGAGAUAUUCGGAAACUUUACGAUCAAGAAAUCGUAUCCAGCAGCUCAAUUACCAAAAUUCGCCUUUAUUAAUUUUGCCGACAGAGGUACUUCUACAGAUCUUCAAUCACUUGGAGAGAAAAGACCUUUAUUCUUUAUUAAGUGUUUGUCAUGAAUUUGCAGAUUUAAUUGUAGAAAUUCUCUGGUUUCGGCCCAAUAUGCAAAGCGAUAAAUCUUUUAAGAAGAUUAAGGAGUUAAUGGAACUCCCUAGGGACAAGACUCAUUGGGAUUAUCGUUUGUUCAUAAAGAGAUUAAAUCUAUCUUUCAUGACUAGGCUCGUGGAUGACGAACUAUUGUCAUUAUUUGUUGGCUGCCCCCGAUUGGAAAGGUUAACCCUUGUAAAUUGCACAAAAUUAUCUCACCGACCUAUUACGGCUGUUUUACAGAAUUGCUUGAAAUUACAAUCAAUAGAUUUGACGGGAGUAACUGAUAUACACGAUGAUAUAAUAAAUGCUUUGGCUGAAAACUGUACCGGUCUUCAAGGUCUUUACGCUCCUGGCUGUGGAAAUGUUUCCGAGCAGUCAAUUAUACGGCUACUCAGAUCUUGUCCCAUGCUCAAAAGAGUUAAAUUUAACAAUAGUAAUAAUAUUACUGAUGAAAGCAUAAUCAACAUGUACGAAAAUUGCAAAUCUUUAGUCGAAAUCGACUUACAUAAUUGCCCUAACGUCACGGAUAAGUAUUUGAAAUUGAUCUUUUUGGAACUAUCUCAGUUGAGAGAGUUUCGAAUCAGCAAUUCAGCAGGAAUUACGGACAGAUUAUUUGAACUUCUUCCGAAUGAAUUUUAUCUUGAAAAAUUGCGCAUUAUCGAUAUAACAGGUUGUAAUGCAAUAACCGACAAACUAGUCGAAAAAUUAGUUAUGUGUGCACCACGGUUAAGAAAUGUUGUUUUGUCAAAAUGUAUGCAGAUAACAGACGCCUCUUUAAGAGCAUUAAGCCAGCUAGGUAGAAGUUUGCAUUAUGUUCAUUUGGGUCAUUGUGGAUUAAUUACAGAUUUUGGAGUAGCUUCAUUAGUACGCUCAUGUCAUAGAAUUCAAUACAUUGAUCUUGCAUGCUGUUCACAGUUGACAGAUUGGUCAUUAGUGGAGUUAGCUAACUUACCCAAAUUGAGAAGAAUUGGUCUAGUGAAAUGCAGUUUAAUAUCCGAUAGUGGUAUUCUAGAAUUAGUUCGGCGCCGGGGGGAGCAAGAUUGUUUAGAGAGAGUCCACUUAUCUUACUGUACGAAUUUGACCAUUGGCCCCAUAUAUCUUUUACUCAAAAAUUGUCCAAAACUUACGCAUCUUUCUCUCACAGGAAUUUCAGCAUUCUUGAGAAGAGAAAUUACCCAAUACUGUCGCGAUCCCCCUCCAGAUUUUAAUGAGCAUCAGAGAAAUUUAUUCUGUGUAUUUUCUGGACAUGGUGUUAAUCAAUUGAGAAAUCAUCUAAAUCAAAUUAUGGAAGAUAGAGCUCACCAUAUAGAUCAUGGGGAUAUGCAUGCGUUAUUUCAUGAACGAAGAAGAAGAUUAAUGAAUGGCGGUAUUGACAUGGAAGACGAAGAAAUGAAUGCAUGGGCGAGGCAAAGGGGACUCGGAUUAUUGAGAAAUCCGGAAAUCACCAAUACAGAAAUGGCGGAAAUAAACAGAGAAAUAUUUAGGGAGCUUAAUGUCGGGGACAUGGGUCCUAUUGGUAUGAGGGAACACUUUCAAAGAUUAGUUAGAGAUCACCACCAACAAAGGCUUUUGGAACAGCAAAAUCAACAAGAACAACAACAAAUAAAUCCUCAGAAUGCACCUCAAAUCAUUCAACCGGCAGUAUUUCCCAACGAUGAUGAAAUUCCAGUUGUAGAAGAUGACGAAGACGUUGAUAUGGAUCAGGGUGCUCUUUUCCCACCAACCCAACCAUCUAGCUAA